CCCAGGUGCCCGGAUGCGCCUCUCCGCCUGGAAGAUGAAGCUGCUCCUUGUUGCCGCGCUGCUGACCGCUGCCCUCACCUUCCUCCUGCUCCCCGGGGCCUCACAGGCAGAGGAGAAGAAAAAGGGGCCGAAAGUGACCGUCAAGGUAUAUUUUGAUAUUAAGAUUGGCGAUGAGGAUGCAGGCCGCAUAGUAUUUGGUCUUUUUGGGAAGACUGUUCCGAAGACAGUUGAAAACUUUGUUGCUUUAGCAACAGGGGAGAAAGGAUUUGGCUACAAAAAUAGCAAAUUCCACCGAGUCAUCAAAGAGUUUAUGAUCCAGGGAGGGGACUUUACCCGUGGAGAUGGUACUGGUGGGAAGAGCAUCUAUGGUGACCGUUUCCCUGAUGAAAACUUCAAGCUGAAGCACUAUGGCCCGGGGUGGGUCAGUAUGGCUAACGCCGGCAAAGACACCAAUGGAUCCCAAUUCUUUAUCACCACCGCCAAAACCAGCUGGCUCGACGGCAAACACGUUGUGUUUGGAAAAGUCAUCGAAGGAUUUGAUGUUGUAAAAAAAGUUGAGGCUUCAAAGACAGACAGCAGAGAUAAACCACUGAAAGAUGUGGUCAUCGCAGAGUGUGGCAAGAUUGAGGUGGAAAAACCUUAUGCCAUUGCCAAAGAGUGAACUGUCUGUGAUGGGCAGUGAGCUGCAGACACAGGGCUUUCUGCCCAGACACUUUCAGCCCCAGCAACCAAACUGUUAACGUUAAACUGAUCCUGGGCUUCCAGGCUGUGUAGAUAUCUGAACAUUCCGGAAUCUGGUUCUUACCAGCUUUGUAAAAAAUGUACACAGCGACAAUAAACAUGAUGGGUUUUCUAGUA